ACGCACAACACAAUCUCUCCCAGUUGCAUUUUCUCUCUCUCUCUCUCUCUUAGCUGAAACAACUGAGAAAUGGCGAUGUUUUCUGAUUCCGGUGCCCUGUCGAAUUUAAUGAUGCUUUUGCUUGCAAUCUUGGUGGCUAAUAUCGCUACUGCUGCGGCUGAUUUCUACCGAGAUGCCGAGAUCACAUGGGGCGAUGGCCGCGCCAAGAUUCUUGAAGGUGGGAGAAUGUUAACCUUAUCGCUGGAUCAGCAAUCGGGUUCUGGGUUCCAGUCCAAGAACGAGUACUUAUUUGGAAGAUUCGACCUGCAACUCAAGCUCGUCCCUGGGAACUCCGCGGGAACUGUCACCACAUUUUUCCUAUCUUCUCAAGGAGCAGGACACGACGAAAUUGAUUUCGAGUUCUUGGGAAACACUUCAGGCGAGCCGUACACAGUCCACACAAAUGUGUAUGCCCAAGGCAAAGGAGACAAAGAACAGCGAUUCCAUCUCUGGUUCGAUCCAACUGCAGCUUUCCACACUUACUCCAUCGUCUGGAAUCCUCAGCGCAUCAUAUUCUUGGUGGAUAACAUUCCGAUCAGAGUAUUCAGUAACAACGAAGCAAUUGGAAUCCCAUACCCGAAGAGCCAGGCCAUGAGAGUGUACUGCAGCCUGUGGAAUGCAGAUGACUGGGCAACCCAAGGCGGGCGGGUGAAGACUGAUUGGACCAAGGCUCCAUUCGUGGCCUCUUACAGGAACUUCAACAUAAAUGGCUGCGUGCCCGGAUCGUCUUGCGGGUCCAAGUCCGCGGAGUCUUUCAACACGGAGGCAUGGCAGACCAAGGAGCUCGAUGGGAAGGGCAGAAAUAGACUGAGAUGGAUACAGAAACACAUGAUCUACAAUUAUUGCACAGAUAACAAGAGGUUUCCUCAGGGUAUACCCGCCGAGUGCAGGCGCUCCAGAUUCUAAGCGCUGAAUCCAGGGAUUUAGAUUAUUAAAUUCUUUCUUCACUUGUCUGAUGGAUAAAAAAAAACGUUUAUUCUUUCAUUCUUUUAUUCGAUUGUAACCUAUACUAUAUGAGUCAUGUAUUGUUAUAAAGAAAUUUGAGGAAUGAUAUUAUGCUCGGAAGCAGCUCAUUUUUUGUGCU